AUGCUUCUAUCUCUGUUGAUAGUGUUUUCUUAUUUUGUUUUUACUAAUGAAAAACAUUUCAAUGGAGGAACUAUUGGAUGGGCUCCCAUUGAUCCUUAUGAUAAUUCCAGUCCAGUCGAUAUUACUAUAACACAAUCUUAUUCAUGGACAUAUCCAACAAUAAAAUGUGCCAACAAUGUACCAGCCUCAACUAGUGGAUGGAGUAGUGCUAAUACUAAUGUGACUUGUGUAGUGGAUUGUUCGACUGAUGGUGGUUAUUCUAAUGCACCAAUUGAUAUUCUUACGGAUUGUACGUCAGCUAGUUCAUCAUUGAAAAUGAUGACAAGUGAAAAAUCGAAAAAUGUUACACUUUCUGCUGAUGCACAUUUUUAUAUAGCUUAUAGAGGAAGUUCUUGGGUAGCAUUAAAUGAUCCUGCUCAAUCAGGUCUGGAUUGGUCUAUUGUAACAUAUAUUGAUCUUCGAAAACGAUCAGAUGGUUUAAUUAACACUCCACCUGUUGCCAAGGUUGUUUCUCCACAGUAUGCCACAGUAAAUAAAACAAUACAAAUAAAAAUUCCUGUUUCGGAUGCCAAUGCAGGUGACGAUGUACGUUGUCGAUGGUCAACAUAUACAACUGGAUAUCGAAGACGAAAACGAUCAGGUGAAGAAAAAUAUGAAAAUUACCAUAAAAUUGCUCAUAAUUACAAAACAAAAUAUGACGACGACAAAGAAACCAUAGAUAGCAGAAAGAAAAGACAGACUUAUUCCAGUGGAUGUACCAGUGGUGACAAUUGUAAUACAGGUUCAUGUCCAAAGACGAACUGCCUGGGUAUAAAAUGUACCAUUGCUUGUUGUGACUUUAUAACGACAACAUCAACGACUACAACUAGUACAACUAGCACAACUAAGACGACAACAACGACUUCCAGUAGUACGACAAGUACAACAACAGUGACUACAACUAGCUCAACUACAGACAGUUCAACUUCUACCGAAACUCCAGGGAUACCAAAAUCGACUUCAACAUAUCCUAUUCGUCAGGCUAUUGACGAAUGUGCUGAUAUUUGUUACCCAGGUAGUAUGCCCAAUGGCACAACACUGUCUGAUUGCACCAUCACAUUCACAGGUCAUAAAGCUGGGAUCUGGGGUGCUCGUUCACGUCGUCGACGACGCCAAUUAAAAGAAGGAAAUACCUGUGCACGGACUUUUAAUUCAAGACUUACAACUUUUGAAUUAGAAAGACAGACAGCUUCUAGCAAAAUAUUCAAAUCAAAUACACCAACCAAGGAUUAUCUGAUUAAUAAUACAGUGGAUCAUCAGAAUAGCACGGAUCAUAUCUUUUCAGAAGACUCGCGCAUAAAUUUGUUUGAUUCAGCUUAUUCUGAUGAAGUAACAACUAUGACAGAUGUAGAAGAAAGUGGAGUUUCAUCAGCAGUUACUAUCAAAAGAAUCAGUCGUGCAACCAUUCAACAACUACAUGACAUGGAAAAGCUGAAUGAAAAUGCAAAAACCAAUAGUAAAUUACCAAAUCAUAUUGAUAAUACUGAUGAUAGUCAAAUCAUUGGACGUUCACCAGUUACAGUUGUUCGAGUACCAAAAUUGAAUUUAUCAAACCAGAAUAUUUCAAUCACAUCUCAACAAAACACUUCAAGUGCAUCAUCAUCCAAAUUAUCUAAAUUGAAUCAAGUGAAGGUCACCAAAAUACAACGAAAACAAACAACUUUAAGUCAACGAGCUCGAGCAUUAAGUGCUGAUAAUAUUAGCACUAUUCAUAUAGGAAAGCCUUUUGUCGUAAUGCAACCACUGACAAAUCAUUCAAAGACUGCUUCAAUUGCUACAAAUAUCAAAAUGCAUAAAGACAAUAGAGUAACCGUGAGAAAGCUUCCAAGAAAAUCUAAUAUUUCUUAA